GUGCGUGCCGAAAAGCCACGAGGAAGACUUCUUGACUUUGCUGCUGCUGCUCCAUGGCAAUACGCCGCAGGCCUGCCUGGCGCGCGAGCGGUGCCGCGCCGUGGCCGCGGCCGCGGAGCAGCUGAGGGGCUCCUUCCAGCUCUACUUCACCGUGGAUGCCAAGCGAGCUCAGAAGAAGUUGCUCUUCUUCGACACGGAGGACACCGCCACGGUGCUCAGCAACACCCGCGAGGUCUCCGAUCCCAUCAUGGAUGUCUACCUUUGCAACUGGCCAGAGGCGGACAAGGAAGACUUCAUCAUGGACGGAGAGGAGGUGCCGGCUGCCUUGGUCUUCCCACUGAGACGUUGGUUCUUGGAUGGCCUCAGCGUGUGGUCCAUGCGCAAUAUCCAUGGCCUGUUGGAUACUCGCUACGGCCGCACCUGGCAGAGCAACUGCCGCAGCCCCAACUGGCGCUCCGCCCAGAAGCGCACAAGCAGCAGGCCGUGGCCAAAGAAGCUACCCUGCAGCGCCCUGGACGUCUUCUUCCCCCGGGUGGAGCUGGAAGUUGAGGCGCCUCAGGUCCCGCAGCUCCGCGCGGGCCUGGCCGCCUGGGCCUGUGAUCUUUGGUCCUCGCUGGACGAGGAGUCGAGGCCGACGGCGGAGCUGUGCGCUCUGGAGCCCGAGGGCAGUCAGGAAGCCGAGGCCUUGGUCUCUGCUGGCAGGGUGAACCACUACUUGCUUGGGCUGGAGCUGAUUUGGCCUGACCUCUACUGCGAAGCUAUGGUGCUGUUGUGGCCAGCGCCGCAGCCGGUGCGCCACAGUGACACAACUGUGAUCUUGAGCCUCAGCAGCCCUGGAAAUCCGGCAGUGCCGGAGGCCGCGCUGGAAGUGGAGUCCUUUACAUGCUUCAGGCUGCCGGUGCGCGCCUGGGACACGCCGCUGUGGGACGUCGAGAAGCGGCACCUCGCGCCCCGCGCCGCGCGCCGCGCCGCGGCGGCGCUGCGCCGCGUCCUCUUUGUGGUGGCGUUCAUCCUUCUGGUGCUGCUGUUCAAGGCGCCGUACUGCUACGCCACCAACGUGUUGCCCGGCACAGGAUUCCAGUGGCUUCGAAACCGGAGCUUCUUGUUGCUACUCGUGUCGGAGGUCUUCAAUAGCCUCAGCUGCUACGCUGCGCAGGACGUGCCACAAUGGCUCACCCUGAACGGCUGGAAGGUCUCCGAGAUCGAGAUCCUGGUGCUAAUUGUGGCUGCCAGCUUGCCACUGCUGCUCCACCUCAGCUUCCGGGCCCUACGGCGCAUGCAGGUCUGGGGCCCCUGGGCUCUGCGGGACUUCGCCUGCUGUUUGCCUGCUGGCACGCUCCUCCGUGCCAUAGCCAUGCACAACUCUGGAGGCCAGAGCCGCUCCAAGAUCUUCCUGGCGGCACUGGCUCUCUCCGUACUGGUGGAUGCUAUGAGGUAUACAGCCAUCCUCUCGGCCAUGAUGACGGUGCUGGGCAGCAAGUGGAACGCGCUCAAGGGCUGCUACCUGGCCGCCUGCCUUUCGGCGGCGGCCGCGGCCGCAUCGCCCUGGGUGUCGCAGUGGGUGGCGCAGCAGAUCUCCGGCAUCUCCUUGGACCUAGAGGAGGAGGUGCUGCCGGAUGAUCCAGCUGCACUAGGCAAAGCCACCAUCUCUGCAGUGCUGCCGCUUGCUUUGACUGGCUACGUCUUCCAAGUGGCGGCGGCCUUCUUCUUCAACCAGGAGGUGCUGACCUUCAAGGCACCGCUGCAAGCAGCUCCUGAGGGCUCGCCCGAAGCGAUUUCGGCCACGGCAGCUUCCUUCCGGACGGAUCUGGAGACGUACCAGGUGGUUUUGGGUGGCAAAGGUGCGGAGACAUAUGGCUGCGGCGAAGGCUGCAUUGAGCAAGCGCAAGGAGACGUGUCACGGGCCGAAGAGCUUGCCCUAGACCAGGUGCAAGCGGCCAUCGAAGAGAGCUUCAUGCGCGAGCCCUCGGAGUCAACUUCGCGGCCAACGCUCUUGUCUCCCAAAGGCGGUGCGAAACACUGGGACUCCUCGCCGAAGAGCGUGAUGCCCAUGGAGGAAGAGGAGGGGGAGGAAGAGGUCCCAAAUGAGCGCAAUGACAUCAUGAAUGCGCGACAGCUGUUGGCCAAGGGUGCAGAGGCCGAGAAGUGGACAAGUGGAGCUGAGAAGGAUGCCACCACCAAGAGUGUUGCGUCCUUCGAUGUGCAGACAGAAAUGGUCACUCCGAGCCAUGAAGAAGAAAGCUGCGCAGAGGACAAGGAGCAGGAGGCAGAACCCUGGACGAGCGGGAUGCCGGACAAGGAUGCUACAACCACCAAGAGUGUGGCGUCCUUUGAUGUGCAGAUGGAGAUUGUGACCCCGGAUGAGGAGAUGUCCCCAUGCACCUGGAGCAGAGUCCAUCAGAAGAGGAUGAGGAGGAUGAGGAAGAUGAGGACGAGGUACCAAUGGAGCUGGAGGCCCUGCCUUGCGCGGAGGACCCCAGUUUCACCUGGGCGCGACGCAGAGAGAGACCUGGCGAACGGCAAAGCAUUGACGCUUGAGCUGGUUGCGCAUAGGCAGGAGAGGCGCCGGAUCACACGCGCCGCAGGAGCUAGAUGCUAA